AUUUCUGGAGAAUAAAAACUGUAAACAAAUCCCAUGAAAUGUUAAAUUGGUGUUUGUGAAACUUUAUGUGAAACGUGUAAAACUGCAAAGCAAGUUUCUUUUUCUCAAGAAAACAAUUUAUUUUGAUAAAAUGUGCUUCGAAGAAACCGUAAAAUGUUCUCUAAGAAAAUCAUUGAAUAUAGUGAAAAUGUACGAAUGGCUUUUGGAUCUAUAUGUUUUGGAUUUCUUCGUCGAUGACCAUUGGAGCAAAUUACCACUAUCUUGGCAAGAAGUUUUUCAAGAUAUGAACCCUCAAAGUAUUGGUGCUUUAAUAUCCGGCAAACACAUAAAUCACAUGUUACCAUUGUCUUUUCUUGCUUUGAUAAAAUCAGUGGCGGCUUUAAGUCUGCCGCGGAAAAGGCAGUGUGAAUUAGAAAGUAAAAUUCUUAAUUCAAAUGAUGCAUCGGGUCUUCCAAAGUUAAAGAAUUUGUUUUUGAAGCAUGUGAAACUGAAGAAAAGGCAUGAAAUAAGUGUAAUGGCAGACAUAGUGAAGAUGACGGGUUCAGAAGUAGAUUGUGAUGCUGUGGUGGACUUUGGCUCAGGGUUGGGACAUUUGGUGCGUAUGCUGGCGUACAAACAUGAGUUUCACGCGGCAGGCAUAGAGUGCCAGACACAAUUGACUGAAGAGGCGAGAAAAUUAGACCUGGAACUGGAAUACACUGCAAAAAAGCAUUUGGAUGGAGAAAGUGUAGCUAAACUACGCCAACCUUCUCAUUUCAAUAUAACAUUAUCUUCUAUCAACCAAUUAGACCAAAUGCCGCUACCAGAGACAAUGCAACACUAUGGUUUAGUGGGUCUCCAUCCCUGCGGAGACUUAGGACCUCUAUUGCUAAAACAUUUUGUUAACUCAAAAAAUGUAAAGUUCAUAUGUGUGGUCGGUUGUUGUUACAUGAAGCUGACGUGUGGUAGCUCAGGGUAUCCUAUGAGUUCUUAUGUGGCAACCCUGGAUAGUGGGCUGUCAUUUGUGAGCAGAGAGAUUGCCUGUCACGCUAUUGAGGUGUAUUGCGAGAGGUUGAUAAAAGGAGACUAUGAAGAUUUGAAGGUACAUGCAUACAGAUCUGCUCUUGAAAGGAUAUUGUUGGCCAAUGAUCCUAAACUCAAACACGCCCCUGUCAGAAGUAUAAAGCAUACAAAUAGCCUGUCUUUUAAGCAAUACUGCCAUUUAGCCACAGAGAAAUUGAACAUCAAUUUGCCCACUGCCCACGCGUGGGCGCGAGGUGAAGCCGACUUGGAGCAAUGGCGGCGCGUGGUCACCGUUUAUAGUCUACGGCUGGCAUUAGCGCCACUGGUGGAAACAGUGAUCCUAUUGGACAGGGUGCUUUAUGUUUUGGAGCAUGGUUUAUCGUGCACAAUCCAUCCUGUGUUUGAUCCUAAAAUAUCUCCCAGAAAUCAUAUAAUCAUCGCCAAGAGGAAAUGAAAAAGAUGAGACGUGUAUGAAGAGAGUUAUAAGAACAAAAAAGCCUGUUAAUAUCUCGCUGCCUACCCAAGGGAAAUAGGUGUGAUUUGUUUUUUUUUAUGAUUGUAAUAGGAAAUGACUAAAAACCGAAUUUAUAA